GCUAAAUCUUGGUACUCAAACACCUGUCUGUAGUCUAUCGCAGAUAGGUGCGGGAUUCCUUAGCUAGCUGUUAUUACCUAGCAUUACAUAGCUAAUAAAUGACCUAGCUAGCUAAAUAAAUCUACUUUUGUAUUUCAAGAUGAUUAAAUCUAAAAAAUGUUUUUUGUUUUUCACGUGAUGUUGCACAGUCUAAACUGAUCCAAUAGUUAGUUUGUUAUCCAGCUGGUUAACGUCGUGAUAUUAACUUUUUGAUAUAUUUUUUUUAACACAAUGAAGUAUUUUUACCUAACGUAGUUAUUCCUUAUUCACAAAUCAAUCAAAUGUGUUUAUAAAGCCAUUUUUACAUCAGCCGAUGUUACGUGCUGUACAGAAACCCAGCCUAAAACCCCAAACAGCAAACAAUGCAGAUGUCUUAGUCCCCAGUCUUCUGCCCAUCUAAACACACAAGCAACUAUUUUCACGGCUGGUUCGCUAGCUUUAACCAGGUGCAUGAGUUGAAUUCUGCCUAUGCUUGCAUUUUGUACAUCAAACAGAUGUGUUCACUACAAAACAUCACAAAAGCAAGAAGAAAUUCCCACCGGCAGUUAUCUGUAUUCUUCCAUCAAACAUCUUAUUACACAAGGGGACAAAUAAGGAGUUACUUUCCCUGGGAACUCGCUCAUCAUUCAGGCCUGUCUGCAUCUCUGUGGAAAGAUCAAGCCUUUUAUUGAUGUCAGUGACUUUUCUUUUGGAUGUACAAUGGUAGAUGAAUUGAAGAAAUUACUUAUGCACAUUGUAUAACCUAUUCUAGUUUAUAGUCAGGCUAAUUCAGGGUCAUAUUCACAAGGCACCAAAUGGAAGAAGACUGAAACAGAGGGACUGAACUUGUCCAAAAAUAAAUUUUGCCAUCUAGGUGUUGCUGACCUCCUAUGGAAGUGGACCUCCUCCCUCCAGAAGCGCCAUGCGAGGGUAUCACUCCAAGCUGGACUCAUCCUCCUCUGCUGGGGGUACGGGUGGCUCCAUGCCCCUGAGCCUGGCCGUGGAGACGGAGAAAGCCCAGGCAUUGCUCCAGACCUUCUCCUCUGCCUCCCUACUGGCCAGCACUGCGCUGGGGGCCUUCUGUGUGCUAGCUGACCACGUCAUGCAGCUGACCCUACUCCAACAGCACCUGUGGCUGCGGGCAGUGCUGGACAACACCGUCCAUUGUCUGAUAGGCCUCUGGUCCUGGGCUAUCGUCAUUGGCCUCAAGAAGAAGAGUGACUUCUAUGAAGUUAUCUUAGCAGGGAUACUGGCCUCUGUUAUAGACCUGGAUCACUUCUAUAUGGCUGGCUCUCUGUCGCUCAAAGCAGCCACCAGCCUGCCCCACCGCCCCCCCCUCCACUGCUCCUCUCUAAUCCCAGUCCUCUGCUUCUCUCUGAGGCUGGUGCUGUGGCUGGGCAGGCUAAAGGACUCGUGGUGCUCUCUACCCUGGCUGCUGUUUAUCUCCCUGGCCUCACACCACAUCCGAGACGGGGUCCGCCAUGGCCUGUGGGUGUGUCCGUUCGGCAACACGGCCCCCAUCUCCUAUUGGCUGUAUGUGAGCAUCACAGCCACCCUGCCACACCUGUGCUCUGUGCUCAUGUACCUGACAGGAACUCGAGACGUGAUCUCCACCAAGCACGGCAUCGCCAUUGACAUCUGAUGGAAGGAAGGGCCAACACUACGCCUCCCUAAUAGCACUCUAUUCCCUAUAUAGUGCACUACUAUUGACCAGAACCCUAUUCCAUAUGUAGUGUACUACUAUUGACCAGAAACCUAUUCUAUAUGUAGUGCACUACUAUUGACCAGAACCC